GGCGGCGGGGCCGCGCCGGCACCGGCGGAGCGACAGCGGGGGCUGAGCGGCCGCGGGGGGUCUCGCGAGAGGCGGGCCAGCUCUGAGUUUCCCUGGAGCCCCUUGUGUCUCAGGAUGUUCCUGAGGAGCUCUGCCCAUGCCCUGCUCCGUGUCAGGAUCCAGCAGCUCCUGCGGGGGCUGAUCCGGUGCCACGGGUCCAGGUGGAGCCAUUACAGGGCCGUGAUCUUUGAGGAGAGCGGGGUCCUGCUCCCAGACCCCCACAGCACAGCCACAGACUGGGAGGCCCAGAAUUGUAUUCCAGCUGGCACCAUACAGCAAGCCCUGCUGUCUGGAGGGGAGAACAGUCCCUCCCGGAGGUAUUCCAGAGGAGAGCUGACAGCUGUGGAGUUCCUGCAGGAAUUGGGACAGCAGUGCUUUGAGAUUGCAGAUGUCCGUGUUCCAGUGGACUCUUUUCUCUGGGACUUAAUCCGGGCUGAGAUGAUAAAACAGCUCCCCACAAUGGCAGAAGCAGCUCAGUGUGUCCGAGCAGAAGGGCUUAAGACAGCUCUGCUCAGCAACAGCUCAUCCCUGGGGAAGGGAGGGAGGUUCCUGGCCCUGGAUCGACGGCACUUCGACGUGGUGGUUGAAUCCCAUCAGGAAGGAAUUCACUGGCCAAAUCCCAGGAUUUACAGGCUGUGCCUGGAGCGCUUGGGUGUCCAGCCCCAGGAAUCCAUUGUCCUUGACAGCAGCAGCCACAACCUGGAGGCAGCAGCCCAGCUUGGCAUGAAAACAGUGAAGGUCGAUGAUCCGGAGGCAGCACUCAAAGAGCUGGAAACCCAUCUGGGAUUUCCUUUGCGAGGGUUUGUCCCCUAUACUCGCUCAGUGGGACCAGGCAUGGAAAUCCCAAAGGAUCAACUGCAAAAGUACCUUGAAAAUGUUUUGGGUGCCCACCCAACAGGCCCUCUGGAGUUAAGGCAGUUUGACCAUGGAGAGUCCAGCCGGAGCUUUUUGGUCAAGUUUGGGGAUCGUUUGCUGGUGCUGAAGAAGGAGAAGGAGCCUCCUGACAGCCCCAGUCCCUCAGGCCCUGCUGUCCCAAGGGAAUACAGGCUCCUGAAGGCUCUCUCUGAGGCUGGUGUUCCUGUUCCCACUGUACUUGCUCUCUGCGAGGACAGCAGCACCCUUGGCUCACCUUUCUACGUGAUGGAGCUCUGCCCUGGCCGUGUCCACCGCGACGUGUCCCUGCCGGCGCUGCCGCCCCACCAGCGCCAGGCCCGGUACCGCGCCAUGAGCCACAUCCUCACCAGGAUCCACGGCGUGGAUCUCAGGGCAGCCAGGCUGCAGGACCUCGGGGAGCACGGUAAUUACAUUCAGCAGCAAGUUGAGACCUGGACAAAGCAGUACCGAGCUGUGGAAACUCACAUUAUCCCAGCGAUGGAGAGACUCAUCCAGUGGCUGCCUCUGCAUUUUCCAGAGUCUCAGAAGACGACACUGGUACAUGGUGAUUUCAGGAUGGACCACCUGGUCUUUCAUCCAGACAGGCCAGAAGUCCUUGCUGUCCUUGGCUGGAAGUUUGCAGCUCUAGGAGAUCCCUUCUCUGAUUUGGCGAAUAGCUGCAUGGCCUAUUUCCUGCCACCUCACUUUAGUGCUCGGAGAGGCUUGAGGAAAUGUGAUUUGAGGCAGCUGGGAGUUCCCACGGCAGAGGAGUAUUCCCAGAUGUACUGCGGCCACAUGGGAGUGGAGCUCCCGGAGAACUGGAAUUUCUACAUGGCCUUUGCCUUUUUCCGCCUGGCCGUGGCGCUGCAGGGGCGGCACCAGCGCUGUGCGGCAGGGAGCCCAGCCCCAGGUGACAGCAGCCCUCAGGAUGCAGAGUUUGUGGCUGAGCUGGCUUGGGAGUUUGCCAUAAAGGAAGGAUUCCGUGUGUUUGAGAGCCUCCCCCCCACAAAGCUGCUCGCACGACAUUCCAGCACCUGGGCCGGGCGAGGGCCAUUUCCUAGCAGGAGUUACAGCACCUGGGCACGUCCUGUGCCCAAGGUUCCCCUGGUCAUUCCUCCCAUCAGCCUGUUGGGGAUGGCCCAGGAUCUUCACUUCAAGCUGGAAAAACAGUGGGGCUUUCUAAGUUCCCAGCCCAGAUGGACUCCACGUGCUCUGCCAGAACUGCAGGCAGAGCGUGCCAGGACCAAAGCAGAGGCUCUGGUGGCUGUACAGGCUGUGGAUCAGGGCAGCCAGGUCUCUGGAGCAGAACAUCUCCACAGUGCAGAUCCCAGCCUGGUGCUUCCCUUGGACCUGAGCUCCGCAUCUGGCUGAGGGUCCCGUGAGGGUCCCAGUCCUUUGGAGCCUCGGAUGGAAAACUAAACCAUCCACUCUGGCACAGGAGAGGCCCUUGUGCUAAGGGCAGCCUGUGAGCUUCCCAA